AUGCGUGCCUUAAUGGACAAGGUUACCAAUGUCCGUAACAUGUCUGUUAUUGCUCAUGUCGAUCAUGGUAAAUCAACUUUAACCGAUUCUUUGGUUCAACGUGCUGGUAUUAUUUCAGCUGCUAAAGCUGGUGAAGCUCGUUUCACUGAUACAAGAAAGGAUGAACAAGAACGUGGUAUCACCAUUAAAUCCACUGCUAUUUCUUUAUACUCUGAAAUGGAAGAUGAAGAUGUUAAAGAAAUUAAACAAAAAACUGAAGGUACUUCUUUCUUAAUUAACUUGAUUGAUUCCCCAGGUCACGUUGAUUUCUCUUCAGAAGUUACUGCUGCUUUACGUGUUACUGAUGGUGCUUUAGUUGUUGUUGAUUGUGUUGAAGGUGUCUGUGUCCAAACUGAAACCGUUUUACGUCAAUCUUUAGCUGAGCGUAUUAAACCAGUUUUAGUUAUUAACAAGGUUGAUCGUGCUUUAUUAGAAUUACAAGUUACCAAAGAAGAUUUAUAUCAAUCUUUCUCAAGAACUGUUGAAUCUGCUAACGUUAUCAUUGCUACUUACUCUGAUAAAGUUUUAGGUGAUGUUCAAGUUUACCCAGAACGUGGUACUGUUGCUUUCGGUUCAGGUUUACAUGGUUGGGCUUUCACUGUUCGUCAAUUCGCCACCAGAUAUUCUAAAAAAUUCGGUGUUGAUAGAGUUAAAAUGAUGGAACGUUUAUGGGGUGAUUCUUACUUCAACCCAAAAACUAAAAAAUGGACCAACAAAGAUAGAGAUGCUGAUGGUAAACCAUUAGAACGUGCUUUCAACAUGUUUGUCUUGGAUCCAAUUUUCAGAUUAUUCUCUGCUAUCAUGAACUUCAAAAAAGAAGAAAUUCCAACUUUAUUAGAAAAAUUAGAAAUUAACUUAAAAGCUGAUGAAAAAGAAUUAGAAGGUAAACCAUUAUUAAAAAUUGUUAUGAAAAAAUUCUUACCAGCUGCUGAUGCUUUAUUAGAAAUGAUUGUUAUUCAUUUACCAUCUCCAGUUACUGCUCAAUACUAUAGAGCUGAUACUUUAUAUGAAGGUCCAUCAGAUGAUAAAGCUUGUUUAUCAAUCAGAGAUUGUGAUCCAAAAGCUGAUUUAAUGUUGUAUGUUUCCAAGAUGGUUCCAACUUCUGAUAAAGGUCGUUUCUACGCUUUCGGUCGUGUUUUCGCUGGUACCGUUAAAUCUGGUCAAAAAGUUAGAAUUCAAGGUCCAAACUAUGUUCCAGGUAAAAAAGAUGAUUUAUUCAUUAAAGCUGUUCAAAGAGUUGUUUUAAUGAUGGGUAGAUUUGUUGAACCAAUUGAAGAUGUUCCAGCUGGUAACAUUGUUGGUUUAGUUGGUAUCGAUCAAUUUUUAUUAAAAUCUGGUACUUUAACUACUAAUGAUCAAGCUCAUAACUUGAAAGUUAUGAAAUUCUCUGUUUCUCCAGUUGUUCAAGUUGCUGUUGAAGUUAAAAAUGCUUCAGAUUUACCAAAAUUAGUUGAAGGUUUAAAACGUUUAUCAAAAUCUGAUCCAUGUGUUUUAACUUCUAUUUCAGAAUCUGGUGAACAUUUAGUUGCUGGUACUGGUGAAUUACAUUUAGAAAUUUGUUUACAAGAUUUAGAAAAUGAUCAUGCUGGUAUUCCAUUAAAAAUUUCUCCACCAGUUGUUGCAUACAGAGAAACUGUUGAAGCUGAAUCAAGAAUUACCGCUUUAUCAAAAUCUCCAAACAAACAUAACCGUUUGUAUAUUAAAGCUGAACCAUUAGGUGAAGAAACUGCUAUUGCCAUUGAAACUGGUAAAGUUUCACCAAAAGAUGAUUUCAAAGCUCGUGCUAGAAUCUUAGCUGAUGAAUUCGGUUGGGAUGUUACUGAUGCUAGAAAAAUUUGGUGUUUCGGUCCAGAAGGUACUGGUGCUAAUGUUGUUGUUGAUCAAACUAAAGCUGUUCAAUACUUAACUGAAAUUAAAGAUUCUGUUGUUUCAGGUUUCGCUUGGGCUACUGGUGCUGGUCCAAUCUUGGAAGAAAGUUUACGUUCUAUUAGAUUUAACUUAUUAGAUGUUACUUUACAUGCUGAUUCUAUUCAUAGAGGUGCUGGUCAAAUCUUACCAACUAUGAGAAGAGCUACUUAUGCUGCUAUGUUAUUAGCUGAACCAAGAAUUCAAGAACCAGUUUUCUUAUGUGAAAUUCAAUGUCCAGAAUCUGCUAUUGGUGGUAUUUACUCUGUUUUAAACAAAAAGAGAGGUCAAGUUGUUUCUGAAGAACAAAGACCAGGUACUCCAUUAUUCACUGUUAAAGCUUACUUACCAGUUAAUGAAUCUUUCGGUUUCACUGGUGAAUUACGUCAAGCUACUGGUGGUCAAGCUUUCCCACAAAUGGUUUUCGAUCAUUGGGCUACUUUGAACACUGAUCCUCUUGAUCCAACUUCAAAAGCUGGUGAAAUUGUUACUGCUGCUCGUAAACGUCAUGGUUUGAAAGAAGAAGUUCCAGGUUGGGAAGAAUAUUAUGAUAAAUUAUAA